AUGGCAAGGAUGCCCUCUGUCUGUUUAUUAGUUAUACUUCUUUUAUCACUAAUUAUCAGUUUGAUUUCUGGAGAAACAGAAGUAAAGUUUACAGGACAAACAGAAUUUGUAGUGAAUGAAACAACUACAACAGUUAUACGUCUUGUUAUUGAAAGAAUAGGAGACCCAGUGAAUGUCACAGCAAUUGUAUCGAUUCAUGGUGAAAAUACAGGUGAUUUUUUUGACACAUAUGCAGCAGCUUACAUAUCCCAGGCAGAAACAAAUCGAACUGUUUUCAUUUCUGUGUGUGAUGAUGAUAUUCCAGAAGCUGAUGAAACAUUUAUAUUUUAUUUGACGUUACAGAAGCCACUUCAAGGAGUAAAGCUUGGAUUGCCUAGAGCUGUUACUGUAACAAUUUUAUCAAAUGACAAUGCUUUUGGAAUUAUUUCUUUUGAUAUGCCUACCUUAAUUACAUUGACUGAGCCCAGGGGUGAGAAUGAAUCAGUGCCUUUUACUUUAGUUAGAGAGAAGGGAACAUAUGGAUCUGUCACUGUCUUCUAUGAGGUACAAGGUGGUCCAAAUUCUCCUGAAGAAGAUUUGAGUCCAGUAAAGGGAAAUAUAACUUUUACACCUGCCACAAAUGUCUUGAUUUAUAAUUUAUUUGUUCUUGAUGACCAGGUAUCAGAAAAUGAUGAAAUAUAUAUUAUACAUUUGAGAAGCGUGGAAGGGGGAGCUGAAAUUAAUUCAUCAAGAAAUUCUGUUGAGAUUAUUAUUAAAGCAAAUGACAGUCCAGUGCGAUUUACUCAGAGUAUUUAUAUGGUAGAUGAAGAAGAUGAUAUAAUAGCAAUCAUGGUAGUUCGAGGAAAAGAUGAUGGUGGAAAUAGAAUUGGACCAGAUGAAAAUCAAGUUUCCAUAUGCUACAUCAUUGUAACUGGGAACUCUACACUCCAUGCACAGCUUAACUUAGAUUUUCUAGAUCUACAGCCAAAUACAACUAUUGUUUUCCCACCUCUAGUGCAUGAAUCAUAUAUUAAAUUCAAAAUCCUUGAUGAUGCCAUACCAGAAAUUGCUGAAACGUUUCAUAUCAUGCUACUUAAAGACACUUUGCAAGGAGAUGCCAUUUUGAAAAAUCCAUCAAUUGUCCAAGUUACCAUUAAACCCAAUGAUAAACCAUAUGGAGUAUUAUCCAUCAAUAGCAUCUUGUUUACUCAGACAAUUGUUAUCAAUGAAGAUCAAACGCUGAGGUAUGAAGGCAUCACUGUUGUAAGGAAUGGUGGAACACAUGGAAAUAUUUCAGUUUCCUGGAUUAUAAUUCGCAAUAGCACUGAUUCUUCACCUGUGACAACAGAUCUCACGCCACACUCAGGGGUGUUACAUUUUGCUCAAGGGCAGUUAUUGGCAUCCCUCCAUCUGAAUAUCAUUGAUGAUGAUGUCCCUGAAGAAGCAGAGCCAUAUUUGCUUCAAAUUUUAGAUCAUACAAUACAAGGAGGGGCAGAAGUGAGUGACCCAGCUGAGCUUUUGUUCUACAUUCAGGACAGUGAUGAUGUUUAUGGUGUAAUUCAAUUCUGUCAUUUGGAGAAUCAGAGGAUAGAAAGCAGCCCGGAUGGACGCUUUUUGUCCCUUAGCUUUACAAGGCAAAGGGGAACUGUGGGAGACGUGAAGCUCUUUUAUAUUAUCUUGUAUAUUCCUUCUGGACCUGUGGAUCCUGAACAAGCUAAAGAAGGUGUUUUAAACACUUCAAGAAGAAGUAUUCUCUACUUUCCAGAAGGAAAACCUAAUGACACCAUUAAAGUACCAAUAAGAAAUGAUGCAUUUCUUCAAAAUGGAGCCCAUUUUUUAAUACAGCUGGAAAAAGUUGAAUUACUGAAUAUUAUUCCUCAAAUUCCUUCUAUAAGUCCUCGAUUAGGUGAAAUUAAAAAUGUAUCCUUAAGAAUUACACCUGAUAUAGCAAAUGGAGAAAUUGGCUUUAUCAGCAAUCUUUCAAUAAUUUUACCUGAGCCAGAAGAUUCUCUUUUUGCAGUGAGCUCCAUUCCUUUGCAUCGAGAUGGGACAGAUGGACAAGCCACUGUAUUCUGGAGCCUAACACCUACAGGCCUCAAUUCAAAAGCUGUGACUAUUGAUGACAUAUGGCCGUUUUCUGGUUCAGUUCUGUUUUUAUCUGGACAAAGUGACACAGCAAUCAACAUUACUAUUCAAGCUGAUGACAUACCUGAAAUGAAUGAGACCCUAACAUUAUCAUUAGACAGUGUGAAUGUGGAAAAUCAAAUCCUGAAAUCUGGAUAUACUAGUCGCAAAUUGAUCAUUCCAGAAAAUGAUGAUCCUGGAGGAGUGUUUGAAUUUGCUUCAUCUUCCAGAGGUCCCUAUAGGAUAAAGGAAGGAGAAUCUGUUGAACUCCAGAUUGUCCGUUCCAGAGGAGCGCUUAUGGAGCAAUUUCUACUCUACACUAUAGAGCCAAGAGACAGCAAUGAGUUCUAUGGAAAUACAGGAGUCCUGGAGUUUAAACCUGGGGAAAGAGAAAUUAAAAUUACUUUGCUAACAAGGAUGGAUGCGAUUCCAGAGUUAGAUGAAUUUUAUUCAGUGCUCCUCAGUAGCCAUGGUGACCUGCCAAGUAAGCUGGGAAAUGCUACAAGAGUCAACAUCACAAUUCUAAAGAACAAUGAUCCACAUGGAAUUAUUCAGUUUGUUGACAAUAUGAUGACAGUAACAAUAAAUGAAAGUAAAGGAGAAGACUUCUAUGCUGCUGUUUUUAAAAUAAUAAGAAAUCAAGGAACCUUUGGGAGUGUGAGUGUAUCCUGGGCAACAGACUCAAUUUCUACGAAAGAUAUUUUUCCAGAUCGAGGAACAAUUUUUUUUGGAAAUGAGGAAUUUUCAAAAGAUAUCACCAUUUAUUCAGUCCCUGAUGAGAUACCUGAAGAAAUGGAAGUAUUCAUAAUUAGUCUUUUCAAUACUACAGGCGGUGCUAGCCUAGGAAAUAUAACCACAGCAACAUUGCAGAUCACCAAAAAUGAUUGUCCAAUUUACUUUGCAGAUCCUGCUAUUCUAAAGGUUCACGAAGGUGGCAUUGCGGAAUUUGUAGUUGUAAGAAAUGACUCUGGUGCCGAUGUUGUUUCUGUUUUAUAUGCCACUAUCGAUGGAAAUGCCAGUGCUGAAGAUUUCAUGUCUUGUGAAAAAAAUGGAGUGCUUUGGUUUGAUAUUGGAAUAAAAGAACAGAAUAUAACUAUAUUUAUCCAUGAUGAUGAUAUUCCUGAAUCAGAUGAGGAUUUUUAUAUAAUUCUCUUCAAUUCUACAGGAGACACAGUUAUUUACAAACCUAGAAUGGCAAGAGUUAUAAUUGAAGCAAAUGAUGAUCCAAAUGGCAUUUUUUUAAUUGAUUCUACAGGCAAAGCAGUGGAAGAAGGCAAAACCAAUGACUUUUUGAUCCUGAGGCACAGAGGCUACUUUGGUAAUGUUUCUUUGGCCUGGCAGCUAUUUGGCAAUAAUUCUGCUUUAGAUCCAGGACAAGAAUUCUAUGAAGUGUCUGGAACCGUAUGGUUCAUAGAGGGUGAACAGUCACAGCCUAUAACUCUUCAUGCUAUUCCUGAUAAAAUUCCAGAAUUCAGUGAAAUUUAUACCUUAAAACUUGUGAAUGCUUCAGGUGGGAUUCCUGGUGGCCAGUUAUCCGAAACCAACCUUUCUGUGACUGUGAUGAUCCCAAUGAAUGAUGAUCCCUAUGGAGUGUUCAUCUUAGAUCCUCAGAGCCAAGACAGAGAGGUAGCAGAAGACAUUCAGUCUGAGGAUGACACUUCUUGCAUUACCAGUUUUACAGUAUGGAGGCAUCAGGGAACUUUUGGAACUGUCAGGAUUGGCUGGGAAAUAUUAUCUAGCACUUUCAGAGAAGGAUUACCUCUAAUGAUCGACUUCUUAUUGAUUGGAAAGUUUACAGAUUCAGUAAAGUCAAAGCCUCACAUGCGACGGCAUCACACUGGAACAGAUGCUUUAUAUUUUAGUGGUGAAGAAGAUGCAUAUGGGAUAAUUGAGCCAGAGGUCCAUGUUAGUAAAAACAGUAUACUUAAUGUCUUUACAUUUUCAGCAUGGGUACUUCCUAGUCCCAACAAUGAUGGAUUUAUAAUAACAAAGGAUAAUAGUAAUGGAUUAAUAUAUUAUGGAGUAAAAAUAGGCACAAACGAAUCCCAUCUUUCUAUAGGGUUCUAUUACACACCAUUGCAGUCUAAUAAGACAUAUAUAGCUAAGAUCACAAUUAUGAAAUACUUGGAGGAAAAUAUUUGGAUUCACCUUCUGAUUAUACUCAAUAAUGGCACUCUUGAGUUUUUCAUUGAUGGAAAACCUGUUCCUGGGGGCAUUAAGAGUCUCAAAGGAAAAGCAAUUGCUGAUGGACCAGGAAUAAUGAAAGUUGGUGCUGGAAUAAAUGGCAGCAGCAGGUAUAAAGGAAUGAUGCAAGAUGUGAGAUUUUAUGAAUGUAAAUUAACAAAGGAAGAGAUCAGUGAACUUCACGCUAUGCCGGCAAGGUUUGAUUUGUACCCAAUCUCUGGAUACUUAGAAUAUCGACAAGGAGAAAGGAAUAAAUCAUUCAUUGUUUCUGCCAAAGAUGACAAAGAAGAGGAAGGAGAGGAGCUGUUCAUUCUAAAGCUUAUUUCAGUUUAUGGAGGAGCACAAAUUUCACAAGAAAACACAAUUGCAACUUUAAGAAUCCAGAAAAGUGAUAAUGCCAAUGGGUUAUUUGGUUUCACAGGAGCAUGUAUUCCAGAGGUCUCUAAUGAAGGUUCUACUGUAUCUUGUGUAGUGGAACGCACCAGAGGGGCCUUGGAUUCUGUUUUUGUGUAUUACACUAUCUCUCAGAUUGAUUCUUAUGGCGUUAAUUAUACUGUUACUGACUUUGCUAACAGGAGUGGGAUAGUAACAUUCCUUCCUUUCCAGAGAUCAGAGGUUCUGAAUUUGCAUGUGCUUGAUGAUGAUAUACCUGAACUAAAAGAAUAUUUCCAGGUGACAUUAGUAUCUGCAGUUACCGGAGAUGGAAAAACAGGUUCAACCCCAACCAGUGGAGCUAGCAUAGAUCCAGAAAAGGAAACUACUUACAUCACUGUCAAAGCUAGUGAUCAUCCCUAUGGCUUGUUGCAGUUCUCUGUUGGGCAGCCUCCAUCAGACACUGAUGAAAUCAUUCUUUCAGCCACGACAGCACCCCACAUUACUGUCAAGGAAGAAGUAGGACAAGUCAGCUUGCUUGUUGUUCGAGCACAAGGUUUACUUGGGACAAUUGUGGCAAAAUAUAGAACAGUUGCACUAACAGCAUUCAGCCCACAAGAUUAUCAGGGAAUUACAGGGACCUUGGAAUUUCUGCCAGGAGAAAGAUACAAGCACAUUCUUGUCAACAUUACAGAUAAUUCUAUCCCUGAGCUAGAAAAGACUUUCAAAGUAGAAUUGCUGAAUCCAGAUGGGGCAGUUUCUGAAUUCUUAAGUGGUGGUAGUGGUAGUGGUGAUGGUGAUUUCUACUUCCUUCCUCCUGUCCAUCAAUAUGGCAAUCUGGGAAUAGCAUCUCAUAUCCUAGUGACUAUUGAAGCCUCUGAUGAUGCACAUGGGGUCUUUGAGUUCGAUGCUGAAUCCCUCUCUCUCAGUGGAAUGGAACCUGAAGAUGGAAGAGGAAUCGUCAUAUUUCAGAUUAUUAGAUAUCAUGGUGCGUUGUCUCAGGUUACAUUAUAUUGGUUCAUAGUGCCAAAUGAUACUGAAGAUGUGACUGCAACAAGUGGCAACAUAACAUUCCACACAGAGCAAAGAAAAGCAAAUUUAACUGUAAAUAUUUUGCCUGAUGAAAUUCCAGAACUAGACAGGACACUUUCACUUUAUAUCAUUAAUGUUACACAUGGGCAGCUUGGAGUUCACACAAAUGCUACAUUGACUAUUCUUGCAAAUGAUGACCCAUAUGGAUUAUUGAUUUUCUCUGGAAAAAACAGGCCAAUUAAAGUUGAGGAAGAAACAAAGAAUGUCACCCUUACAAUAGUAAGGUUGAAAGGUCACUUGGGAGUAGUCAAGGUUACAUAUAGAACCAUGUAUGAUGAAGAUGUCUCACUCUAUCUGCCAUCAAAUAUUGCAAGGGCAACAUUGGGAGAAGAUUAUCUGCCCAUUUCAGGAUUUGUAAUCCUUUCAGCCAAUGAAAGUGAAGCUACACUACACCUCCCUAUUCUGGAUGAUGAUGAACCAGAGCAGUCGGAAUCUGUAUUUGUUGAGCUUCUUGGUGCUACUUUGAUAGGAGAAGUCAAUCAUCAGCCAAUUUCAGAUUCUCCUCGCCUUGGAUCUACCACUGAUACAAUUGCUCAUAUAAUUAUCAAUGCCAAUGACGAUGCUUUUGGAACAUUACAGCUCUCUGCUCCAGCUGUCCAAGUACCUGAAAAUUAUGUUGGACCAAUAAUCAAUGUCACAAGGACUGGAGGAAUCUUUGCAGAUGUUUCUGUGAAAUUUAGAGCAGUGCCAAUUACAGCAACUGCUGGUGAGGACUACAGCGUAGCUUCCUCAGAUGUUGUCUUACUAGAAGGAGAGACCAGCAAAGCCGUGCCAAUUUAUAUAAUUAAUGAUAUUAACCCUGAAAGGGAGGAGUCCUUAUUUGUGCAGCUGCUCAAUCAGACAACAGGCGGAGCACAACUCGGGAAUCUAACUCAGGCAGUUAUAACUAUUGAGGCUUCGGAUGAUCCAUUUGGAUCUUUUGUUUUUCAGAUCACUAAUAUAGUUGUCAAUGAACCUGAAGCCAAUACAGUAUUGAUAGAUCUGCCAGUUAUUCGCAAUGCUGGAACACUUAGCAAUGUGACUGUUGAAUGGAUUGCUACUAUUGAUGGGCAAUUUGCUGACAGUGAUUUGAAAGUCUUCUUAGGCAACAUUCAAUUUUCCCCUGGGGAAACCAUGAAGAACUUGAUAUUAGAGAUUCUGAAUGAUGAUGUUCCAGAAAUUGAAGAGAUUAUCAUAGUAGAAUUAAUUCAGGCUUCCAAUGGAGGUACUAUUGGAUUAGAGAGAGUGGCAAAUGUUGUAAUUCCUGCCAAUGAUAAGCCAUAUGGAACAGUAUCCUUUCAACAAAACUUGUAUCGUAUUCAAGAGCCAUUGGAGAGAAGUUCAACUGCAAACAUAACAGUAAAAAGAAGUGGUGGAAGAUUUGGUCAGCUGAAGAUCUUUUACAGCACUUCAGACAUUGAUUUCAUAACUCUUGCACAAGAGCAAGGGCUGAAUGUAUUAUGCUAUUAUGAAGCACCUAUACAAGGAAUUCCAGAUGAGAGUCAUGUGACCAGAGUGAAUCUUUCACUUGCCAAUGAUUCUCUCUACACUUGUGCUAUUCUUUGUUUGAAAGAGCAGGCCUGCUCAGCUUUUUAUUUAUCUGGUACUUCUGAAAUUUCAUCAUGUUUUUGGGCGGCAUCUUGGAGUAACUCAAUAACCAACAUCUCAGGAUUCUGGAUAUACAAGAAAAAUCUUACUACUUUAAAUGCUAUUUUCAGUACACAAGCAAUUGCUAAUAAUGACUAUGAGCCUGUUACCAGCCAGUGGAUGAUCAUGGAAGAAGGAGAAGAAUUUGCAAACCUCACAGUCUCCAUAUUACCUGAUGAUUUUCCAGAACUGGAUGAGAAGUUUGCCAUUUCUUUGUUACAAAUUGUGCUGAUGAAUAUAACUGCCAGCAUUGAAAAUCAACCAGUCAUAGGGCAACCAAACACAGCUACAGUUCUUAUAUUAAUGAAUGGGGAUGCUUUUGGUGUGUUUGUAAUUUAUAGCAUCAGUCCCCAUACAACUGAGAAUGGUCUUUAUGUGGAAGUACAAGAAUGGCCUCAGAAUACUGUGCAGUUGAUGAUACAUAGAACAGAAGGUAGUCUGGGACAAGUGAUGGUGGAAUGGAGCAUUAGUGGUGGCACAGCAACCCCAAAUCUGGAUUUUUUAGGUGAUGGAGAAGUCCUGAUUUUUGCAGAAGGUGAGACAAAAAAGCCUGUCACCUUGACUAUUCUAGAUGACACUGAGCCUGAAGAUGAUGAAAGCAUUCGGAUCACUUUGACUCACACUGAAGGUGGUAGCCGUAUUUUACCCAGUUCAGAUACUGUCACAGUGGUGAUUUUGGCCAAUGACAAUGUAGCAGGAAUUCUUAGUUUUCAAACAUCCUCAAGAUCUGUAAUUGCUCAUGAAGGAGAGCUGGUACAAUUUCAUGUGCUAAGGACUGCACCAGGAGCUGGCAAUGUAACUGUUGACUGGGAAAUUGUUGGCCAUAAUUUGGAACAAAACUUUGAAAAUAUUUCUGGCACACUCUGCUUUUUAGAGGGGUCAUUAAAUGCAACAAUUUAUUUAUACCUGCUGGAUGAUCAGAUCCCUGAAGAAAAGAAAGAAUAUCACAUAAUUCUGUACAAUAUUAAAACUCAAGGCGUCACUUCUACUGGCAUUGCUACUUUGGACCAUCAAGGAUAUGAAGCAGUUUUGACAGUAGAGGCUAGUGAUGAACCAUAUGGCAUUCUGAAUUUUGCAUCUUCAUCUAGAAUUGUAUUAGUCCAAGAGGAAAAUAAGACGAUUCAACUUUUCAUUAACAGAGAAUUUGGAUCUUUAGGUGUUGUCAAUGUAACCUACACAACAAUUUCAGAAUUUCUUGGUUUAAAGAAUCAGACUGAAGGGACAUAUGCUGAACCAGGAGUUGAUUAUAUACCUAUAUCAGGAUCAGUUAUUUUGAAAGAAGGUGUAACAACAGCCACCAUAAAUAUUACUAUUCUAGAGGAUGAUAUUCCAGAAAUGCAAGAAUAUAUUUUUAUUAAUCUAACAUCUGUGAAACUUGUCAGAUAUCCUUUGGUAUCUUUUCCUCCCAGACUUGACAUGGAGGGUUUAACAGCACAGGUAAUUAUUGACGCUAAUGAUGGAGCAAGAGGAGUAAUAAGUUGGCAAAAUACAAGGUUUGAAAUAAGUGAACUGAAUACAAACUUAACAUUAGUGAUAUUCCGGGACCGAGGCUUGUAUGGUAACGUGUCCUUAUUCUUGUAUGCUCAGAAUCUGGAAGCAUAUCAGGGAGCGGACUUUAAUCUUUCUUCAAGGACUCUUUCUUUUGCUGAUGGAGAAAGAUAUAAAUAUAUUGAUGUUCAAAUUUUUGAUGAUGAGAUUCCUGAAAGAGAUGAGAAAUUCCAACUAAUUUUAACAAAUCCAUCCCUUGGAUUAGAAUUGGGAGAAAAUACAACAGCAACAAUUACUAUUCUGGCCAAUGAUGACGGUCAUGGAGUUUUAUCCUUCAACAAUAGUGAACAUUUUUUCCUAAGGGAACAGACAGCACUCCAUUUAAUGGAAAGUGUUGCGAUACUGAAUAUUAUCAGAGAACCAUCUCAAGGAAUAUUUGGAACAGUGACUGUCCAAUACAUAGUGCGAGAGAUAAAUUCUUCUGAAGAAUCAGUAGAUUUGACUCCAUCACAGGGCUAUAUUGUUCUAGAAGAAGGAAUAAGAGUCAAGAAUCUGCAUAUUAGUGCCAUUCUGGAUGCUGAACCAGAAAUGGAUGAACAUUUCAUUGUUACACUGUUCAAUCCAACUGGUGGAGCCAGACUGGGUGCAAGAACAGAAACAUUGAUCACAGUGUUGCAAAAUCAAGCCCCUUUGGGACUUUUCAGUAUCUUUCCAGUUACAGAGAGGACAAAUUCUAUUAUAGCUGAGGAAGCAAACACUACAGUUUAUUUGAAAAUAUCUCGGAGCAAUGGACUCAAUACAUCAGUGAGUGUGGAAUGGGAAACACGACCUGAUUCUGCAUUUGGGAUAAAGGGUGGGUUAAGUGUACUGGCCAUUUUACAAAGUUUUGAGGAAGAAUCAAUAUCUAGCUGGUGUUUCUUUUUGGAAGGAGACUUUUUAUAUGGAUUAUUGUUGAGAACAAAUCCAGCUGUAAAGUCUUCAAUAUAUCAAUGGCGGGGAGUUUUUGUUCCUGUUGAGGAAUUCAGUAUCAAGAACCCUCAUCAUUGUAUUUCAUUUCAAAUCAAUGGCUCCACCUACUUAGUAAUUACUCAUGGUGGAAUAAAAGAAGAUACACCUUCUAACAACACCGUAUUCUUGUUUACCUCUGGAUUUCAGCUGCUAGAGGUACAGUCUAUAUUGGUGCCAGCCACCAGUGAUAUAAAAUAUUUCAAUUUGAAUCAAAGCCAUUAUUUGAUUAUUGCAAGUUACAGACCAGAAUCUGAGUCUACCCAGAUUUUCCUGUGGAAUAAUGGCAUCUUCAUAUUCCAUAAUCAACUCUCUGUGAAAGGAGUUUUGAGUCUGGAUCUUUUCCCCAGGGGAAGUACAAUAUAUCUAGUCAUUGUCCCUUGUGAAUCCAGACAUACACCUCUAUUAUUCAAGUGGUCAGAAAAUGAUUUUAUACGGUUUCAAGAAGUGCCAAUCAAUGGAAUAACACAAGUCGAAGCUGUCAUUUCUGGAUCUGACAUCUACCUAAUUUUUGCAAAAGGUUUGAUAGAAUUUGAUAGAAGUACGUGUGAAAUUUUUAUCUGGGAGACAGGACAAUUUUCCUUCAGAUAUUUUCAGUCCAUUUCUGUCAGAACAGUAAAUGCAAUCCAUACUUUUUCCCCACCUUCAGGUUUAGUGCAUGUACUGUUUGCUAGCAAAGAUAUAUCAGCGCUGUAUUCCUGGAACUCAGAAAUGAACCGGUUUUCUCCAUUACUAGAAGCUCCUUCUGCCAAUCAUAUUUCCAGUAUCAAUGUAAAAUCUCUUAAUUCUAACAAAAGUCUCAUUGUUGUGACUGGAGAUUCCUAUUCCUAUAUUUACGAGCUAACUGCAAUUUCAAAUCAGUCAGAUUUUAUACCUAGUUCAGCUGAACUGAUAUUUGAACCAGGAGAUAAAGAAAUUGUGAUAGCAAUCAAUAUUUUUGAUGACACAGUCCCAGAGGAAGAAGAAUCUUUUAGAGUAUGGCUGAAAAAUCCAAAGGGUGGUGCAGAAAUAGGACCUAAUGGUUAUGUGACCAUAGUGAUACCCUCUAAUGAUGAUGCUCAUGGAGUUGUUGCAUUUGCCCAGAACUCAUUAUUUAAACAAGCAGAAGAAAUGGAACAGGACACCUUGAUCAGCUUGAACGUUGAGCGCUUAAUAAGUACAUUUGGACAUGUUAUAGUGCAUUGGGAAGCUAGCGGGAGUAUUAAUGACAUAUUUCCAACUUCAGGGGUGGUGGCAUUUUCAGAGGGCCAGGCUUUGACAACAGUAACAUUAACAGUCCUUGCAGAUGUUAUUCCUGAAGCUUCAGAGACACUGAUUAUAACUCUCACUCAUAUUAGCACCGUGGGCAUUCAAGACCCCCAGAGAGGAGCCAUAAUUGAUAGAAGUCGAGCAAAAGCUAUACUUACUAUUCUGCCCAAUGACACUCCCCUUGGUGCAGUGGGAUGGCACACAGAUUCUCUCUUUAACAAAGUAGCAGAGCCUGAAGGGAGAUCAACUACUAUUAUUUUACAUAUUUUCAGAGAACAACCAUUUGUUGGUGAUAUUAGUAUACACAUAAUAUCCCACCCUAUCUUUUCACUCCCUCUUGUUAAUCAAGCAAUUGAAAAUGAAGAUUAUAGAUUGGAAAACAAGACCAUUAUUAUGACAGAGAAUAUAACAUUAGUUUCAGUUAAUGUAACCAUUUUACCAGAUAAUAUUCCAGAAUUACAAGAGGGAUUUUUAAUCAAUAUUAGUAAUGUGCAGUUACUGAAUUAUUCUCUUACUAGAGGGCAACAGAGCAUGAAGAAAUUUGGUUUAGAAAUAGCUGAGAUUUUAAUUGAAGAAAAUGAUAAUCCCAGAGGAAUAUUUCAGUUCAACAUUAGCAAGGAUGUGAACAAGACUGUGGUUGCUUAUGAAAUACCACCACCAGAUAAUAUUCUGAAGCUGUCCAUUGUUCGGAAGGCAGGAACAUUUGGAUCAAUAAAAUUGGAUUGGGAAGCCACACCUGCCUCUGCUAGUCUAAAAGACUUUUCACCAUCAUUUGGAAACCUUAUAUUUGCUGAUGGACAAGUUACAGGAGUGAUAGAGAUCACUAUCAUAGAUGAUGAAGAGGUUGAAUUUUUGGAAAUGUUCACUGUUACCUUACUUAGAGUGACAGGUGAUGCAAGAUUAGGUGAUGAUGUACAGAUUAUGGUUACUAUUGCACCAAAUGAUUCACCUGCUGGAGUUUUUAGCUUUGAAGAAAAACAUGUAACAGUGAAAGAACCUCAGUCAAUACAUGAUCCCUCAGCCAAUGUCUUUCUCACUGUAAGUCGGAGUUCAGGGGGCCAAGGAGAAGUCCAGAUUCUUUGGAAACUUGAGGAGGCAGCUAGAUAUGAUCUCACUCCUCUCAAUGGUACUCUUUUCUUUUCUGAGGUGGAAUCUCAGAAAACCAUAAUUUUGCAUGCAAUUCAAGAUGAUGUUUUGGAAGGUGAUGAACAUUUUUCAAUUCAUCUGGUGUCUACUGAUAACACAGAAAUAUCACCUGUAAAUGGUAUAGCAACUAUUACUAUACAGGCAGAUCAAGGAGCUUCUGGAGUUGUUGGAUUAGCUUCACAAUCCACCCAUGUCCUGAUUGGGGAACCUGUAGGAAAAUAUAAUGGAACUGCUUUUAUUGGUCUAGUUCGUGGGCCAGGGAUCUUUGGAGAAAUUACAGUCUCCUGGAUGAUAACAUCACCUGAUCAAAAGGAAUUUGCUGAUUUAUCAGGAACUGUCACCAUGAGAGAUCAGCAGUCUACUGCUGUUAUACUGAUUCAGGCUCUUGAUGAUGAUAUUCCAGAAGAAAAGCAACACUAUCAGUUUCAGCUGACUGGUAUUAGCAAUGGUGGAAUCAUAAAUGAGGCAGCCAAAGCAGCAAAUAUCACAAUGGCUGCUAGCGACUUACCAUAUGGACAAUUCACAUUUCCUCAAGAAGUAAUGCAGACAACAGAAGAAGAAAAAUGGGCUAACAUCACAGUUGUCCGUUCUCAUGGAUUUUACAAGCAAGUUCGCCUUUUGUAUAAGACAUUGAAUGGUACUGCAGUGGAAAGCUCAGACUUUGGUGUGACUUCAAGAGAGCUUAUUUUCAAACCCACUGAAACUGUUAAAACUGUUUAUGUUGAAGUGUAUGAUGAUGAUCUUCCAGAAGGUCCUGAGGAUUUUUCAGUAGUAAUUACAAAAGUAGAAUUACUGGGAAGUGGAUUUGAUUUUACAAUAAAAGAAAAUGGAUUGCAAAUUGACCAGCCACCUGAGAUAGGAAAUGCUUCAAUAAUGAGAAUCAUUAUAUCAAAAAGUGACAAUGCAGAAGGCAUCAUUGAAUUUGAUCCCUCUUACGCAAGUCUUGAAGUGGAAGAAGAUGUUGGUUGGAUAAUGAUUCCAGUAUUUCGAAGGUUGGGGAGUUAUGGUUUUGUGACAGCAGAUUUCAUAUCUAGAAAUAUUUCAGCUCUUCCUGAUGGGAUUGAUUAUAGCAUUGCAAAUAAUUCAGUCAUUUUUCAUCAUGGCCAAAUACAGAGUUUUAUCAGCAUUUUAAUCAUAAAUGAUGAAGAAAGUGAAAAUGCUGAGCAGUUUGAAAUCCAGCUAAUAGGUGCCAGUGGGGGAGCGGUUCUGGGACUUUACCUCCUGACCCAAAUAACUAUUGCUAAGAGCGACUCUCCACAUGGGAUUGUCCGCUUCCUCAAUGAAAGCCAAAUCAUUCUUCCCAACCCUAAUGUCUCAUUAACCCUGUCCUUGGUACUUGAAAGAACUGGAGAAUUGAUAGGAGAGUCUCAGAUUAAUUGGGACAUUUUAGGACCUAAUUCAGAGGUAAUUUUACCUCCUCUGAAUAGUGACAUCAGAGACCCAGUAAAUGGAUCAUUUUAUUUUGCGGAAGCAGAAGGUGGCUUGCGACAUAUUGACUUGAAAAUUUAUCCUCAUGAAGAAGUUGAAGUUCAAGAGAUCUUCAUUAUAAGGUUGCGUGUUAUGAGGGGAGAAACAGAACUAGAUCCCAAGGCUGCCAAUAUAACAGUAAAAAUUUUAAAGUUUGGUGAUCCUAAUGGGAUAGUGCAGUUUGUUCCUGAAUCUUUAUCUCCAAAGAUUUUUGAGGAACCAUCAGCAUCUGAAGGUCCACUGAAUAUUGUGCUUUCCAUAAAGAGAAUUCAAGGCAUUAUGGGGAAUAUCACGAUUUACUGGAAAUUAAGUAGUAAUUCUGAUACUACAAAUGAUUUUAUAACUAUGAGAGGUUCUGUUGUGAUUCCUGAUCUACAAAGGACUUCGGACAUUGUGAUUUCCUUGUUGCCUGAUGAUGUUCCUGAAAUAGAUGAGCAUUAUGAAGUGCAGCUUACUUCAGUGGAAGGAGGAGCUGAUUUGGAUCUGAGAAAAAGCAUUUCUAGAUUCAUGGUGGUUGCAAAUGAUGAUCCAUAUGGAGUAUUUGGCUUGUAUGGAGAAAAACAGUCAGUACAAGUAGAGAAAGAUCUCAGCCGGCAUAUCCAGAUUAAUAUUUCUCGGCAUGCAGGGACUUUUGCUGAUGUAAUUGUAGAGUACCAAAUUUCAUCUUUCAAUGAAGAAAAAAUAAUCACACCAGCCAACAGAGUGGGAAAUGUACACAUUAAAGCAGGGUCCAGUUAUGGAUUGAAAACAGUGCCAAUAUACACCCAGGUAUUUAUUUCCCUUGGCAUGAAUUUGACCCUGGAACUGAUCAAUGUAACAUUAGUUAAUAUUAGUGCCAAUAUUGCGCCUAAAAUAUUAGAGACAGCCAGGUUGGUCUCUUUUCCAAUUCCCAAAGAAGCUGCCAAUUCUCAGGUUGCCUUUGAUUCUAUUAUCUUGCGACUUAUAAAUAUUACAGCAGGAACAACUGAAGCUCUUAUAACUCGUAAAGGAAUAUAUGGCUCCAUUGUAGUAACUUGGAAUUCUGGAUAUCCAUCGGGGCUUAUUCCGCUGUACCUUCACCAAGGCAGUAUUAUACCAGCCUCUGGCACAGUUAUUUUUUCCCAUGGUGAACAAAACAAAACAAUCUUAUUCCAAGUUAUUCCAAAUGCAAAUAGUCUUGAGGUGUUUGCUGUACAUUUGGCUGCUGUGCAGACCAAUGCAUCUGGUGGGGCUUGUCUAAGAUCAGAUUUCAUUAUUGCUGAGAUUGAACCAAUGGGAGUCUUUCAGUUUGCUCCUAGCUCAAGAAACAUUUUAGUGAGUGAAGAUGUGCAAACAGUCAGAUUAAAUGUACAAAGACUUUUUGGUUAUCAAAGCAACUUUACAAAGGUGUUCUAUCAGACCACUGCAGGAAGUGCCAAAUCACUAGAAGACUUUGAACCUGCUCAUGAUGGAGAACUUGUUUUUGGAUUCCUUGACAUUAACACAGUGUUGGAAAUCUUGGUAACUGAUGACAGCAUUUCAGAAGGGGAAGAAAUUUUUUUUGUGAAUUUAACAGCUGUGAAUGUUUUAGAUGUUCAGGACCUUAAUCCAGAUAGGAAUCCACGUCUGAAUCCAGAAUUUAGCAUUGCAUCAGUUACCCUACUGGCCAGUGAUAUCCAUUAUGGAAUUUUAAGUCUUGCACCAACUAUUAUUUACACUGAAGAAGACAGUAAUAACAUUGCUUCCAACACUAUUCUGAUUCAUAUCAGAAGAACUCAGGGAUUUGUGGGAAAUAUCUCUGUAAAUAUAAAAACUUUGGGUGCAAUAAAUGCCCAAAGUGGGGCAGAAACAUUUCCUUUUGAAAUUGGCCCUGUGGUUUCUAAUCUUACCUGGGCGAUCGAAGGGACGGACUUUGAAGAAAUGGCUCUAUCUGUCACAUUAUUGGAUGGUGAACGAGAAAGUGAAGUAUCUGUCACAAUUCUUGAUGAUGACGAACCUGAAGGGGAAGAAUUUUUUUAUGUUGUUCUUUCUGAACCUCAAGAUGGAGCCCAGAUUACAGAAAGUAUAGAUGAAUAUGGGUUUAAAGGUUUUACCACAAUAAUUAUCAAAGGAAAUGAUCUUCAGAAUGGAAUUCUAGGAUUCAGUGAAGAAACUCAACAUGGUCUUAUGCUUGAUGAAGAUUCAGAAAAGAGGAAGCUAGAACUUUUUGUCACCCGACAGCCAAACAGGGUUUUUGAAGAUGUGAAAGUAUCUUGGCGUGUGACUUUUAAUCAAACCUCAGUUGUCCUGCAGAGUAAUGGCACCAAUCUGGCAAAUGAACUGAUAGCUGUCACAGGGGUUACCACUUGUAAGGCUGGCCAAAUACAAUGCAUGGUUUCUAUUGAAAUCCAGCCUGAUAAUGUUGCUGAAUCUGAGAUAUAUUUUUUCGUGGAACUCUAUGAUGUGGGGAAAGGAGCAGCUUUAAACGAGAGUGCCAGAUUUGCACACAUUACAGUUCCAGAGAGUGAUUCUGUGCAGAAGGAUCUCAUCUACUUUGCUGUGGGGUCUCGUCUGGCUGUGGCCCAUAUGAAAACCACUUCAAUUAGACUCCAAGUGAUGAGAGAUUCUGACACAGCAUUUGCUAUCUCAGUCAACUACACAACUCAGGAGCUGUUGAGACCUGAACCUUUUGGUCGCGUAGUCAUAUCUCCUGCCAUCUCUGGACAAGAUUUUAUUGCAUCUGAAGGAACAUUGUCUUUUGAAUCUGGACAGAAAAAUGUUCUACUGAGUAUAAUACUGAACCCAAAGAAUGGAUAUCUGAAUUUAUUUCCUAAACGCUUCCAAGUUACUCUGUUCAAUCCUACAGAUGGUGCCAGAAUUGAUAGCAUCUAUGGUAUUGCCAACAUCACCAUCGUCUCUGAUUCAAACUCCCAAGCAAUCUGGAGUCUGACCGAUCAGCUGUUUCAACCUCUUGAUGAUAUUAUUUUGAACACAAUCCUCCAGCAUCUAAAUAUCAAAAUAGUCACAGAAAAUACAGAAGAGCAACUUGCUGCUGUGAUGUAUAUCAUAGAUAAGGUAAUAUCUGAAGGAGAAAUACAGGCUCUCACUGAUCGAAACAGAAAUCUUUUGUAUGAAAUCCUCUGUGCACUAGCUAAUCCCAAACGCAAGGAUACUCGAGGCUAUAGCUUCCUUGUAGAUAUUACAGAGAAAUUUGCUUUUUCUCUUCCUGUUGGUGAAAAGUGUGGCUCACAAGGUGAAAGAGGUAAAACCUUCCUUGACCAUUGCCCUUAUAUUGUAAUCUCAUCACAUCACUGGUAUCCACAACAAAUCAAUGGGCAUAGAUUUGAUGGAAAAGAUGGGGAUUUCAUUAGAGUUCCUGACCAUUUGUUAGAAGUUUCUGCUUCAUCCCAUUCUAAUGAUGCAACCUGUAGGUUCAUUCAAGUCACUGAAUAUAGUAGCCAGCAAUGGUUUACAGCAGAUGGUAGAGGAAUUGCCCUAAAAAAUAAGGUUUUUUCAAUGAGCUUGAAGAGACAGAGUCCAGUUCAGCUAAAAGAUAAUAAUGAGGUCAUCUACCGGAUUUAUUCAACAGAAAGUCAUAUAAUUCCUCAUAAGUCUUUGUGUCUUGUUUGGAAUCAGAUUGCUGAAAGUUGGCUGUCUAAUGCUCAAUUCUGUAAGCUGAUGGAUGAUUCCUCCAAUUACGUGGAAUGUUCUUGUUCACACAUGUCAGUUUAUGCAGCUAGUGCACAGACAGAGAGCUUCUCUUCUUACAAUGAAGCUUUCUUUUCUUCUGGUUUCAUCAGUAUUUCUGGCUUCAUCUUGGCUAUAUUUUCAUAUUUCUUAUGUACCAGAACAUCAAUGUUUGCUGCUAAACUCCUGACUCAUAUGAUGGUUGCCUGCUUGGGUUCUCAGAUAUCAUUUCUGGCUUCAGCUUACACAAGUCAGCAGCUCUCUGAAGAAAGUUGCUCUGCUUUGGGUUCAGUUACCCACUAUCUCUACCUUUGUCAAUUCAGUUGGAUGCUUAUUCAGGCUGUUAAUUUUUGGUAUGUCUUGGUGAUGAAUGAUGAACACACAGAACGGCGUUAUCUAUUUUUUUUUGUUUUGGGUUGGGGUCUUCCAGCCCUUGUUGUGAUACUAUUACUAAUUGUCUUGCGAGGAAUCUAUCAUCAUAACCUACCACAGAUUUAUGGCCUGAUUCACAAUGACCUGUGCUUCAUUCCAAAUAUUUAUGCAGCCCUUUUUACUGCUGCCCUGGUACCACUAGUAUGCCUGGUGGUAGUAUUUGUGGUGUUCAUCCAUGUUUAUCAAGUGACACCCCAGUGGAAAGCUUAUGAUGAUGUUUUUAGAGGAAGAACCAAUGCAGCAGAGAUCCCAUUGGUUUUGUACUUAUUUGCCCUCAUUUCCAUGACAUGGCUAUGGGGAGGACUGCACAUGGCUUACAGGCAUCUAUGGAUGCUGGUCUUCUUUGUCAUUUUCAACAGCCUACAAGGUCUUUAUGUCUUUGUGGUAUAUUUCAUUUUACACAACCAACUCUGCUGCCCUGUGAAAGCCAGCUAUACAGUUGAAAUGAAUGGAAAUACUAGCUCGGGUUCUACAUUUUUCACUCAUGGAAGUGGCAUGCCCUUGGCAGGGGAAGAGAUCAGCAAAUCUACCCAAAAUCUUAUUGCUGCUAUGGAAGAGAUGCCAGCGGACUGGGAGAGGGCGUCUCCAAGAACAGGCACUGAGGCCAGGACUGUCUUUAAGCAAAGCCCACAGAAUGGCAAUGCCUACAUAGCUGCUGGAGGAUUUAGGAACAGUUCUUUGAUGGCAGAUGAAGAAUCACAAGAGUUUGAUGAUUUAAUAUUUGCUUUAAAAACUGGUGCUGGCCUCAACAUCAGUGACACUGAGUCAUGUCAUGGCAGCCUGGAUGGAAGUACAAUGGCUAAUUCCCAAAUUGUUGAACUUAGAAGAAUACCUAUAGCAGACACUCAUCUCUAAUCCUUUCAUCUUUUUAACAUGCUGUACUGCAUUCUGCUUUUUAUACAUGUGUUUUCUUUGAACAACAAAAGAAUCUCACUACAUAUAGCUCUGUAACAGAAUGCUGUGAAUUAUAUCAUUAAGGAAUUAACAAGUUUUGGUUUUUUAAAUGAAAUAACCUUCUAAUUUUUUUACAGUAAGCUAUA